AUGCCACGCGUUGUUACGGCAAGAAUCCGACCUACAUCAGAGAGACCUUAUGUAAGACCGAAUUUAUCAGCGCAAAAUACUUCACUUGUUAAUUCAUCGAUCUUGUCUGCAAGAAGCAAAAGACGAGAAAAAAGUCGCGAAGACGCGCUCAACGCAUCGCACCUUUCAAUAAAAUCUCUGGAACAUGUCUCGGUCAUUGUUAGUGAAAGUAACUAUGUUCCACCGUCAUUACCAUCACCUCAACAGUCAUUACCACCUUCACCGACGAUUCAAAUACCACCAAGUGAAAUUUUACAUCAUGCAGCAAAAUCAAAAACUAUCAGGAAAAACAAUAAUAAAAGGCUUAUUUUGAGAAUCGCUUUUGUCAUAUUCAUUGUCACGGGUGUCUUAGCAGCAAUUGCUGGUACUCUUAUUGGAACCUUGUAUAAACCAAUUAUAACAACAACAACGACAACAUCAACAAGCACCACGAGCACAACUUCAACUACCACCACUAAAACAACUACUACAUCGACAACUUCGACAACCUCAACAUCAACUUCAACGUCGACAAGUUCUACAAGUUCAACUUCAACCACAACUACAGAAACGACAACAACUGAAACGACAAGCACAAGUGAAACAACGACAACAACUACUACUACUGAAUCAACAACGGCAUCGUGUUAUUUCGGCGGCGAUUAUGUUCAUUUACUCGAUGGAGGACUACGUCAAAUCAGUAGUUUAAAAGUAGGAGAUCGAGUUUGGGCAUUGAGUCAAGAUGGGCAAUAUUUGAUUGAUGAUAUCAUCAUGGUCAUACCACAUGGUGCACCCCAAACUCUAACUGAAUUUUAUACGUUUACGACAGUUGAAAACCAAACAAUUAGUUUGACGGAUACUCAUUUUCUCGUCAUAUUUGACAGUCAAGAUAAACAAAUGAAAACCAUCAGUGCUUCUCGUGUGACGCUUAACCAUCGAUUAGUGAUGAUAAAUCGUACGAUAAGUUUGAAACAAAUUGAAAUUGUACAACGAAUAGGAUUUUAUUCACCAAUUACAAUCAGUGGAUACUUACUUGUAAAUAAUCUUUCAACAUCUGUCUAUAGUGACUUUUUUCAUGCUUCACAUGAUUUUCAUCAUAAUUUAGCUGGUCCAGCUCGUGCGUAUUACAAUCUCACCAGAUGGUUAUUCGGCAAUGAUUUUCAUCCAUUUGGAACGAGUAUAUCAGAAGAGCUGCAUCCCAUAUCAAAACUAGUGAUUGUAGUUCACGAUUUCGUUCAAUAUGUGUAUUCUUAUCUUCUCAUACCUUUGUGUGUUAUCGCUUUCUUUUAUUUAACUCAACGAAAAUCUAAAUAA